AUGGCGCUCAAGGCAAUGUGCUCUGCUGCUCUGGUGGCCGUGGGCGCGAUGGCCCAGCAGGACGGCACCAUCCUCCUGCAGUCCAGCGUCUCCACCGUCGACGAGCUCGCCCCCAUGCGCUCGGACGAGGAGGUGACCGUCGACUUCAAGGAGGGCUCCUUCGGCCUCCUGCCCGAGAGCGCCCCCACGUGGUGCAAGGACGAGAGCCAGCUGACCUGGAAGCAGCGGAAGGAACGCAUGCAACAGCACAUCACUCUCGAGUGGGCCAAGAAGGCGGUGAAGGACAUGCUCGAAAAGAACGAGACGGUCCCCGAGUGGAUGGACAAGAUCGUGUCCGACGACGAGAAGAGGGGCAAGGCGAAGUGGGCGGUCGCGGAGUCAAAGCGCAUGAAGGCCGAGGGAAAGGAGACGCCGAAGUGGAUGGACGAGAUUGUGGAGGAGGACGCCAAGUGGGCCAACCGCUGGGCGGCGUGUAAGGUCGCGGAGCUGCAGCAGGUGAACGAGGAGGUGCCUCAGUGGAUGAUCGAGAACGGCAGGAAGGGCAUCCUUGAGGCCGCUGCCGAGAAGGCGGCCGAGCUCCAGGAGGAGAUCGACGAGAUGGAAGAGGAGAAGGACAAGGACGAGGCGCUCGUGAACGCCCAGGGCGACGUGCAGACUGCCAACGAGAGGAUGCUGGCCAAGAACAGGGAGUUUAAGGCGAGGACGGUGAACUCGCAGCUCCGCGUGCUCGAGGGUGCUCUGGAGGAGCUCGGCAGGGCCGAGGCCGAUGUGAAGAGCGACGGCACGGCCAAUGGGCCGAACCGCAAGUACAAGCAGGCCCUGCGGAAGGCGGAGGCCGCGUCCAAGAUGCUCACCAAGCUUCUGGAGCGGAAGGCGAGCAUGCUGAGCGCCCAGAUGGCUGCGGAGGGCGCGGCCGCGCGGCUCGCGGCCGCGCGGGGCGCCCAGGCCGCGGCCCUCGCGGCACGCGAGGCGGCCGAGGCGCCGCCGGGCCCCAGGGUGAAGUCGGGCCUGUCCCUCUGCAGGAGGAGUACUCAAGAGUGGAAGGUCUGGGCCGCCGCCGGCAUCGGUGUCGUCGUCGCAUUUGUGGCCGUCGGCAUCUUUGCCGCCGUCGUGGCCGUUGUCGCGCAGGUCUCUGGGCGUUCCUGGAGGGCACGCCUUCCUGCGCCGAGCUUCGGCCCAAAGACCGGCGGCCAGCGCGGCGCCCCAGCCGGGGGGGCGCCCCUCGCCGCGACCGGGGCGCCCGCGCGCUGGGCGAUGUGCGCCCGCGCGGGGCUCCGCGCGUCGCAGCUGCGCCGCCUGCGGCCGUCCAGCUGGGAGGCGGCCAAUGCGGGCGCGAGGCCCUGGCGCGGCACGCUGGCCUCGCAGCGCCGCCCCUGCUCGGCUGGCGCGGGCGCGCCCGCCGCGGACAACAGCGGAGGGAUCCCGCAGGGCAAGCUCGCACUGGCGCACGAAUAUUUGAACAAGAUUCUCAACGCUAAGGUCUACGACGUGUGCAAGGUAACCUCGCUGCACUACGCGCCUGUCGUGUCCAAAAAGAUCGGGAACCGCGUGCUGCUGAAACGAGAGGACCAGCAGGAAGUGUACAGCUUCAAGCUCCGAGGGGCCUACAACAAGAUCGUGCACCUCUCCGACGAGGAGAAGGCCCGAGGCAUCUGCGCAUGCUCUGCGGGCAACCACGCCCAGGGCGUAGCCUUCUCGGCGGCCCGGCUGGGACUCUCGGCCAAGAUCUUCAUGCCGAGGACGACGCCGACCAUCAAGGUAGACGCGGUAGAGUCAUACAUCAAUGAAGAGUCCGAGGUUAUAUUGCACGGAACGUCUUACGACGAGGCUUACGCUGCAACAAUGGAGUGCGUGAAGAACGAGGGCCGCGUCUUGAUACAUCCGUUCAACGACCCUCUGGUCAUAGCGGGCCAGGGCACGAUUGGUCAGGAAAUCUUGUCCCAGACCACCAAGGAAGACGUGGACGCCGUUUUCUGUUGCGUUGGUGGCGGCGGUCUUCUGGCUGGCGUUGGGGUUUUCCUCAAGACCGUGAAGCCUGGCAUCAAGGUGAUCGGUGUGGAGGCCAUCGAUUCCGCCGCCAUGACAACUAGCCUGGCCGCUGGCGAGAUAGUAGAAUUGGAUAGCGUGGGGUUGUUUGCAGACGGAGCUGCGGUGCGCAAGGUCGGCGACGAGUCCUUCAAGAUUUGCCAGCUGGUUUGCGAUGAGAUGAUAACCGUGUCCACUGACGACAUCUGCAGCGCGAUCAAGGACUCCUUCGUGGACACCCGCGUGGUGUUGGAGCCAGCUGGGGCGUUGGCGCUGGCAGGGCUCAAGAAGUAUGCCCAGUGUUCUGGGGACAAGGGGAAGACGUUCAUCGCCGUGACCAGCGGUGCCAACAUGGACUUCGACCGCCUGCGAUUCGUGUCCGAGCGGGCGGACACCUCGGAGACGACCAUCGCGGUGCAGAUCCCGGAGCGCGCGGGCACCUUCAUCGAGUUCUACAAGUGCAUCGAGCCGCGCAAUGUCACCGAAUUCUCCUACAGGUAUUCCGACGACCCUGCCAACAUAUUCAUGAGCUUCCAGGCUGCGUCCGAGCAGGAUCGGCAAGAGGUGUUUCGGGAGCUCGAGAGCAAGGGCUUCUCGCCUCUAGAUCUCAGCCAGAACGAGAUUGCGCAGACCCAUCUGCGGUACAUGAUUGGCGGGGUCGCUCCCAGUGCCGCAACUCAAGAGGAAGCCUUAUUCUCCUUCCAAUUCCCUGAGCGUCCCGGCUCCCUCAAACGCUUCCUCGAGGAUUUGCCUCCAGAGUUCAACGUUUCGCUCUUCCACUAUAGGAGCCAUGGUGCCGACGUGGCGCGGGUCCUAGUGGCCUUGCAGGUGCCAGUCAAGCAGCGUGAGACGUUGCGCAAGUAUUUAGAGUAUUUGAGGUCCGAGGGAUUCACUUGGACUGAGGAGACUGGCAAUGCUGCCUAUCACCGUUUCUUACUGGAGCCCGUAGUGGCGAAUACAUCUGGUCGCUCGCGGCCGCGCACACCUCCACCGAUGUUUAUGCAAUGA